AUGCGUUUCCACACCGUCGCUAUCCUGACCGGCGCAACCGCCGUGUCUGCGGGUAACACCGCCAACCUCCUCCUGCCUGGUUUCCAGGGCAAAGACCUCCAGUGUGGUGUUCAAGGCUCGAGCGGAGAUGCCACCACUUACCUGGUGACUUGCCCUACAAGCGUCGCCGCCUCCGACUGUGGUAUUCCCGGUAACGGCCUGACUGCCAUCGCCGCGCCGACCUCCGUGCAGCUGAUUAACCCCGACGGUAAGGGCAACACUGCCUCCGUCUCCUGCAACGUCGGAGGCACUACCUCGGCCUCGUGCGUGGCUCAGGAGGGCACCGUGACCGUCUCGCACACCUUGGGUUCCAAGGAUCUGAACUGGAUGCCGGUCACCAUCACCACCCCGACGCCCACGUCGACUCCCACCUCCACCUCCACUCCCACCCCCACCCCCUGCACCUCGACUUCGACGAUCACCCCGACCUCGACCUCUACCCCGGUGUCGAGCCCCGUCAAGUCCACCACCCGUGUGGCCUCAUCCACCCGCCUGGCGACCUCGUCGAUUCCCGUCAAGGGCACCGACUCCGCCAUCACCGGCACCCCGGCCCCGACUGGCUCUGCCUCGUCGACCCCGCCUGCCGCCCCCAACGCCGCCGCCCCUAUGUCCGGCAAUGCCUGGACUCUGGGCGGUGCCGUCCUGGCCCUGGUCUACGCUCUGGCUUAA